UCAUUUCUAUAUAUAAAACCUCCCACAACUCCCAAGUCUCAACCUUUCAACGGCUGCUCUAACUCGCACAAUUCAUCGUUUCUGAUCAUAAGAACCAUGGCUCAAAAGCUCUCUCUUUUUUCUCUCUUCAUCCUCUUCUCCCUCUUCAAACCCUCUCUUUCUCAAUCCUUCGAUCCCCCCACCGUCUACGAGCUCCUCCCCAAGUACGGCCUCCCUCAGGGCCUCUUGCCAGCCACCGUCGUCAGCUACACCCUCAACGACGACGGCUCCUUCAUCGUCAAUCUGUCCUCCACCUGCUACAUCGAGUUCGACUACUUGGUCUAUUACGACAAGAUCAUCACUGGAAAGCUCCGUUACGGCGCCAUCACCAAUCUCAAGGGUAUUCAAGUUCAGCGAUUCUUGUUUUGGUUCGAUGUUGAUGAGAUCAAGGUCGAUUUGCCGCCGUCUGAUUCGAUUUACUUCCAGGUUGGAUUGAUCAAUAAGAAGCUCGACGUGGGCCAGUUCAAAACUGUCCAUUCUUGUCGUGAUGAUAAGUUGGGUUCUUUCGAGUCGGGUUGCAGGUCAUGGUUUCGGACUCUGAAGCUGCCGACUCCCCUUGAAGAUGAAGUCCAGAUGCUAAUUACAGAGUAGAUGUUAUCUGGUGCUUUCUACUACUGUAUUUUAGAGUCAUAAUAUGGCUGUUAAAGGUUCAUGAUUCAGAGUUAGUUACUUUCAGACCCAAAAAUAGGAGUCUGAUAGUGUUUUCAAAUCAAGUUGUAUAAUCAUAUCAUGUAUAUCCCAGACAGUAUAUUCUACUUGAGCCUUCAAUAUACCACACCAAACACUUGUGUUUGUAUAAUGAAAUAUCGAACCUGAUGCACAAUUGAUGUUA